AUGAAACCCCACCUUAACGUCAAUGUCUACAGACACAAUCCGAGUCCCGUUUCCGAGCCGACACUUUCCGGGAUAUUUUGGCCUGUACCUAUUCGGCCUGAAGUAUAUGCCACAGCAACCCGUUGCCUCCCCUUUUCUACCCUCCGUCAAGAGCGGGAACUGGGCAUGGGCAAGAAUGUAAAUUGUUGCAUUGUCUCGGGGACUAAGCGAGAAAAUGCAGCAAGGCCUGAUUGUGUGGCAAGAUUGCUGCUUGUGGGCGUCUGGCUUUAUUCGACAAAAGAGGAGGAUUCGCGGUAA